UUCACGUUAAUCUUGUGUACAGUUUGUCCUCCGCAGCUGUGUUUCGCAGCGACGACGUGUUCAGGAGCUGCCUCUCGGACCACCUUUUUGGAGCAUUGCUGUGUAGCCGCGGUAGACUUCUUGCGUCGCGAUAGUAGACCUGAAGAUUUGUGCCGAAUCUUUACGAAGCUGUUUGUGCCCGUGGUAUGUUUGUCGUGGGGGGUGGAGGCGGACUCGCAGACAGCCAGGGAAGGGGCUUGCUGCUCAAGUACUCGAAUUUCAUUUUCGAAUUAAAUGGCGCUAUGCGAAGAGAUGGUAUUUCCGAGCUUUAGUGGGUUGUGGUUGCUUUGCAGUUUUGACGGGGAUGGAGACGGAAUCUUCCACCAUGGAUUCUGGGCAACAGCGCCUGCAGGAUCUCGGAUAUAAACAAGAACUAAAGCGUGAUCUCUCAGUUUUAUCGAACUUCGCAUUCUCCUUCGCCAUCAUCUCCAUACUCACAGGAAUCACGACGUUGUUCAACACGGGGCUCAAUUAUGGCGGAACAGUCUCUAUGGUCUAUGGGUGGCUUAUUGUUGGAGUAUUCACCUUGUUUGUUGGCGCUUCCAUGGCAGAGAUUUGCUCAGCAUUCCCAACAUCAGGAGGGCUUUAUUACUGGAGUUCACAAUUAGCUGGUCCAAGAUGGGGCCCCUUUGCAUCCUGGAUUACUGGCUGGUACAAUGUCGUUGGGCAAUGGGCGGUGACAACUAGCGUAGACUUCUCGUUGGCCCAACUGAUAGCGGUCAUGGUUCUUCUUGGCACCGGCGGGGCAAAUGGUGGAGGAUACGUUGCAAACAAGUAUGUUGUUAUAGGAAUUCAUGGGGGCAUUUUGCUAUCACACGCACUUAUCAACAGCUUGAGCAUCUCAUGGUUGUCAUACUUCGGUACAAUCGCUGCCGCUUGGAAUAUUCUUGGGGUUUUUGUGCUGAUUGUGCUUAUUCCAGCUGUUGCUAAAGAGCAUCAGAGCCUGUCAUCCGUUUUUACGACGUUUAUCAAACCAGCUGAUGUUGGAAUCGACAGCAGCCCUUAUAUUUUUCUCUUGGGUUUGCUCAUCAGUCAGUAUACUAUCACGGGAUAUGACGCCUCAGCUCACAUGUCAGAAGAGACAAAGUCCUCAGAUAAGAAUGGAGCCUAUGGCAUUCUGAGUGCAAUCAUUAUUUCGCUCAUCGUGGGAUGGGGGUAUAUCCUAGGACUCUCAUUUGUAGUGAUCGACCCCGCGGCUCUGCUUAAUGAAGCAAAUGAUGCCGGAGGCUAUGCUGUUGCGCAAGUUUUCUACAAUGUCUUUAAGGCGCGUUAUGGUAGCGGGACAGGCGGCAUUGUGUGCCUGGGCAUUGUUGGGGUCGCCAUCUACUUCUGCGGAAUGAGCUCCAUCACCAGUAACUCAAGGAUGGUAUAUGCAUUUUCUCGAGAUGGAGCCAUGCCGUUUUCGAGAUGUUUACACCAGGUGAACCGGCGAGAGGUGCCAUUGAACGCCGUCUGGGUGUCAUCAAUCAUAGCCUUCUGUAUGGCACUCACGUCGCUGGGGAGCCUGGUGGCGUUCCAAGCCAUGGUGUCGAUUGCAACAAUUGGGCUGUACAUCUCCUACGCGCUGCCCAUCCUUUUCCGCGUCACCAUAGCGCGCAAGUCUUUCCACCGGGGGCCCUUCAACCUGGGCCGGUAUGGGGAAUUCGUGGGGUGGGUGGCCGUGCUGUGGGUGGCCCUUAUCACCGUCCUCUUCUGCUUGCCCGUGGUCUACCCUGUGACCAAGCUUACGCUGAACUAUGCCCCCGUGGCCGUGGGGGGGGUCUUCGUCUUGGUCUUGGGUGUCUGGGUCUUGAGUGCACGCAAGUGGUUCAAAGGGCCCCAGUUCAACGUCGUCUCCCCCUUUAAAGACUGAGUCCUUUCACCCGUAGACUUCAAUUCUUCAAAUGUAUUUGAAAUAUUUUUUUAAUAUUCAACAUUCAUGAUUCUGCAUGUUACUUAUAUAAAGAGGUUAACCUAAUAAUAGACGCUGUAGGAGGAUGUAUUUGUAAUUGUGAAUAUAAUAAUCACUUUUAAAUUUGCUGUUGCCGAAUCA